AUGUUACGUACAACACUAGCAACCAAUGAUAAUAAUGGUGUUAAUGCUCCAUUUUUAUCAAGUAAUCAUAAAGUAAUACAAUAUUUACGAAAUUCAGAACACCGUUCAAGAAAUUUUGAUACUUAUAAUAAUUAUACUGAUAAUAAACUGAUGGAUCAACAUAAAAUAUCUUCACAUGGGCAUGAGUUAUUUUCUGUAAAAGAUGCAUUUAAGAAUAAUAAUCAUAAUCAAUGUCAACAGCGUAUGCACGUUUGUUCAGAGAAUAGUUCAGAAUCAUCUACUAUUGAUACAUUAUCACGAUGUGAUUUCAGCUUUCAUUCUAGUUUGUCAGAUAAUAAUAGACGGUGUAGUACAUUUAGUUCAAAUACAUCGUCAUCCGGAAUAUGUAGUGCAUUUUCUGACGUUGGACAUGAAGAAAGUGCAUCAAUGUUAUCAGAAGAUCUUGAUUUUAACCUUGGUUUUGAUCAGAUUAGUGAUAAUGAUGAUUUUGAAACAUUUAGUCUUGAUGAAAUAGAUGAAUAUGAACAAAAUGAACGAGAGAAUCAACGAAUCUCGAAUAAGAAUAGUUGCAAUACAGCAACAUUAGUUGAUUUUGGUCAGUCGAAUUCAGAUGGACGUAAUAAGGAAUUAGAAAAAUUUCUUCGUAAAUCUUAUAGUUCAACAACUCUUAAUGGUAAUAUUGAAUUUCAUAAUGAUAAUGAAAUAACAAAUAGGCAAAUAAAACAACAGCAACAACAACAACGUGCAUCAUUGUUACAUGAUUCAACAUAUACAUUAUGUUCACCAGAUCGCUUUUCAGUGUAUAGUGGAUGCGAUGAUCAUGAAAAAGAUAAAGUAGCACAUGCUAUUGGUACACGUUCGAAUCCAUUGGGUAUUGCUUUAAUACAUAGAAAGUCGGCUUUAUUGAAUAAAACACAAAAAAAAGUUGUUCAUUUCGCGGAUAUGUUGGGUCUUGAUCUAGAAUCUGUUCGUUAUAUGACUCCACCAGAUCCAUUAGCAGAUUCAUUCAUUCAAGAGUGUAUUGGUAUUAAACUUGAGCAAUGGCAUCUACCUAAUAGUCGAUCAAACUUAUGCUCUUCAACUCCAUAUCCUGUAGAUCUUUCAAAUGUUUUUCAUCGAUCACUCUCAUCUGCAUCUUUCACAGCUUCUAAAAAAUCAACGAAUCAAUAUUAUGUCGUUUCAAAGUAUUUUACUUCUCCAAAAAACAUUAUUCCAUUAAUAUACGAAAGACAAGUAAUGCUUGAAUGUUUAUGUACACAAGAUUCAACAGCAUAUGGAACAGUUCGUGUCCAUAAUCGUGCUUAUGGAAAACGUGUUUUUGCUCGUAUAAGUAAAAAUGAUUGGAAAACAUUUCACGACAUUUAUGGAUUGCAUUCAAUGAAUUAUCCAAAUGAUAAUACAGAUACAUUUACAUUCGAAAUUCGUUUAGGAAAAUAUGACGAUAACACAAAAGUUCCCAAACAAAUUAAUUUUGCUAUUUGUCUACAAACCAAUAAUCAAGAAUUUUGGGAUAAUAACUGUGGAUGGAAUUAUGCAUUAGAUGUACUUGAAAGUACAUUUAGUUCAAAUACAUCGUCAUCCGGAAUAUGUAGUGCAUUUUCUGACGUUGGACAUGAAGAAAGUGCAUCAACGUUAUCAGAAGAUCUUGAUUUUAACCUUGGUUUUGAUCAGAUUAGUGAUAAUGAUGAUUUUGAAACAUUUAGCCUUGAUGAAAUAGAUGAAUAUGAACAAAAUGAAGGAAAUAAUCAACGAAUCUCGAAUAAGAAUAUUUGCAAUACAGCAACAUUAGUCGAUUUUGGUCAGUCGAAUUCAGAAGGACGUAAUAAGGAAUUAGAAAAAUGUCUUCGUAAAUCUUAUAGUUCAACAACUCUUAAUGGUAAUAUUGAAUUUCAUAAUGAUGAUAAAAUAACAGAAAAUCAAACAAAACAACAACAGUGUACAUCAGUAUUACAUGAUUCAACAAAUGCAUUGUGUUCAUCAGAUCGUUUUUCAGUAUAUAGUGAAAGCGGUGAUCAUGAAAAAGACAAAGUGCCACAUGCUAUUGGUACACGUUCGAAUUCAUUGGGUAUUGCUUUAAUAGAUAGAAAGUCGGCUUUAUUGGAUAAACCACCAAAAAAAGUUGUUCGCUUCGCCGAUAUGUUGGGUCUUGAUCUAGAAUCUGUUCGUUAUAUGACUCCACCAGAUCAAUCACCAGAUCCAUUCAUUCAAGAGUGCAUUCGUAAUAAACUUGAACAACUAUGGUUAGUUAAAAGUCAACCAAAUAUAUUAUCUACGUCGCCAUGUCCUUUUGAUCUUGCAAAUAUUAUUAAUCGAUCAUCGUCAUCUGCAUUUAUCAAUACUUCUAAAAAAUCAACGAAUCAAUAUUAUUUAGUUUCAAAAUAUUUUACUUCUCCAAAAAACAUUAUUCAAUUAAUAUACGAACGACAAAUAAUGCUUGAAUGUUUAUAUACAAAAGAUUCCAUCGCAUAUGGAACAGUUCGUGUCCAUAAUCGAGUUCAUGAACGACGUGUUUUUGCUCGUAUAAGUGAAAAUGAUUGGAAAACAUUUGAAGAUAUUUACGCAAUGCACUCAAUGAAUUAUCCAAAUAAUAAUACAGAUACAUUUACAUUUGAAAUACAUUUAGGAAAAUAUGAUAACAACACAAAAGUCCCGAAACAAAUUUAUUUUGCUAUAUGUUUACAAACCAAUAAUCAAGAAUUUUGGGAUAAUAACUGUGGAUGGAAUUAUGCAUUAUAUGUACUUGAAAGGUAA